CAGAAAUGUUACUACUGAAUAUUAUAGUUUUUGUUUGUACCUUUGCGCGAGUAGUGUCUGGGGCUGUUUUCGAAUCAUCAAUUCGAAAUGCUAAUAAAAACUACCAGAAAUUAAAGAUAGAAGACGGAUACGUUAAAGGUACUAUUCAAAAGCUUUUAAACCCCAAGAAAUCGGUCUACGCCUUUAGGGGAAUCCCGUACGCAAAGCCACCCGAAGGAAAACUCAGAUUUGAACCCCCGGUAAAAAAUGACAAAUGGAACGGCGUUUUGGACGCAACUAAGGACAGAUCAGAAUGCGUUCAAGGUUCUACUAACGUUACAGGCUCCGAAGAUUGCCUUUACAUCAGCGUAUACUCACCAAAACUCGAUGGAAAUCUACCGGUAUUGGUAUGGAUUUACGGCGGGGGCUUUAUCGGAGGCUCCUCAUCCUACGAUUACUACACGCCCGACCCCAUUUUGGAGGAAGAGAACGUCAUAUAUGUGGCCAUGAACUAUCGCAUUGGCAUUUUCGGUUUCAUGAGUACCGGAGACAAAGUGGUACCUGGCAACAUGGGCUUGAAAGACCAGUGUUUAGCUUUGAAAUGGGUGCAGAAAAACAUCAAACAUUUCGGCGGCGAUCCCGAUAAAGUUACCAUUUUCGGAGAGAGCGCAGGUGCAGCUUCGGUUUCUUAUCAGCUUCAAUCGGAAUGUUCUAAAGGCUUGUACAGGUCCGCUAUAAUGCAAAGUGGCAAUUCGUUGUGCUUGUGGUCGUUAACCAGAAAUGCAAGCUACGUUGCCUUCGAAACAGGCCGUGGAUUGGAGAUCAAUACAUCAGAUUCCAAGACAUUAGUGGAAGAACUGAGGAAAGUUCCUUACAAAAAGUUACAACAAAUUUCCGUCAUAACAGGAACCGCAACGCUUGUCAAAAAUAAUCCACUGGCUGGUUUGGUUUUUAGUCCCGUAAUAGAACCUCCUCAUGAAGGUGCAUUCUUCAGUUCAUACAGCCAUCAGCUGCUCUCUGAAGGAAAGUUCAAUCGAGUGCCGGUUAUCAUGGGAAUCAAUUCGAACGAAGCAAAUGUGAUAGACGAUAUACCACUUAUUAUUGACAUCUUUCUGGAAGCGUAUGAUAUCGAUUACUCAAACUUAGCUCCUGCUGAUCUGACAAAUAAUUCUUUAGAUCGGGAUACUGCUGGUUUUUCUAUAAGGUUUUAUUAUUUCUCUCUUUUGCCUAUAGGCGUCCAGGAGAAAAAUGUAAUCAGAUUCGCCAGCGAUGAUCAAUUCAAUAGACCGACUAGAGAAGCAGUGAUUCAGAUGUCGAAGUAUGUACCAGUUUAUUUCUAUCGGUUCUCAUACAAGGGAAAUUUGGGUGCUGGAGCCAAUUCUAGUUAUACAGGCGUAGGUCAUGGUGAAGAUCUCGGUUAUUUCUUCAAGAGUACUAAUGAAGGUAACUCCACUCACGACGAUCGGUUAAUGAGAAAACGCCUGGUAAAGUUGUGGACGAAUUUCGUAAUACAUGGAAAACCUACUCCCGUAAAAGACCCGUUACUUCAGAAUAUCCAGUGGAAAGAAGUCGGAAAAGAUCCUAAACAAUUAACGUUCUUGGAUAUAAACGAUACGUUAAAGCUCUCGACAAAUCCAUUCAAAGACAGCAUGGACUUUUAUGAUGUAAUUUAUAACAAAUACGGAUCACCGCCGUAUGACACUUACUAAAUUGCUGGAAAUCUUAUAAUUGCAAAAUGAAUAAAAUAAUUCUGAUAUAAUAAAUGAGAGAGUCAUUAGUUUUUGAAUUUAGGAUAUUUACAGUACUUCGUAAAUAUAGGCAUAUUAUAUUAUUUAACAAUAAUUAAAAGUUCGAGAACUGCAUCGAGAAAUACAAAAAAUAAAUUAUAGGAUUUACAUAGAAACAAACGACGUUUUUCAGAAUAAGAAGAUAGUUUGGCAACGUCGCUAAAAACGAUCUUUA